GAAACUGAAACAGUGAAUCUGUUUAUCAGCCUUAAACAAACCGGCUGGGCGUAGCAGCGGAAAGUGGUGUAUAAGAUAACUAAUUACCAAAUAUAUACAUCAAAAAGGCUGCAGACAGCGAUGGCGUUCAGCAAGGAGCUUGCUGCAGAGGCUAUUUCGGCUCUUCUUGGGUUCAGGGUUACAGCGCUCUCGGGUAAUGCCCAUCCCGGCGUUACCACAGAUCAGAUAGUGACCCUGCCUGUGUUUCACCAUUUCACAAUGCUGGCUUUCAGAAGCUGUAGCUACUGCACAAUACGGAACGAACCUCUCCCCAAGAUAAAAAGGACUGUCUGUUUCAGAAACUUUACGGGCAAAAAAUUCAGCAUUACAGAUGACUUUAAGGAAGACGACUUGGUCAAAAGAAUAGAAAAUGAAUUCGGUAUCCAGAGUCAGAACCUACAAAUCCUCAGCCCUUCCUGCAUGAGCUACAAAGUACGCCCUAUAGAUAUCGCCGAACCUAACACUAUUUGUAGAAUAGAUGUUGACAACCACUAUUAUUGCUAUGACACACAAAAAGCAAUGUUCAUCAAAGAUGAUGAUUUUUUCUCACACCAAUUUAAUUACGAUUUUACCAGAAUUCGAGAUACACAGAAAUUCUACCGCGGCGGGGAAGAAUAUGCCCGCCCUGGGGGCUGGUACCGAUAUGCCUUUAGAGUGCUGGGGGUCUACAAAUGUCCUCCAAAUGACAAAUGGUUGGGUUUAGUCGGACGACCGUCGCCCUGUGAGUCUGCACCGGAUGAGUGGCCAGUAUCUUAUCACGGCACGAAGCGCGAUUUACAAACUAAUGCUGGUGUUCAGGCAGAGUCCAGAAUAGGCAGUUUUGGACCAGGCGUUUAUUCUACACCCUUCCUGAGCUGUGCACAACGCUUCUCUGAGACCCGGGGAGGAAAGUUCAGGGCAUCAGAUGGAAAACAGUACCUCGUGGCAGUACAAAAUCGGUUGUGCAAGGAGAACCGCACAACUGUGCCAAAGUUCGAGACCUUUGAUGACGAUUACUAUAUUACGCCCGAAGACGAAGAUACUCCCGGGAAGCUGGGAACACGACCUUAUGGGCUGUUACUGAAAUUGUGUAGCUAAGAUGUAUACAGAAGAAGUUCCAGUAGCUUAUCUUUGCCAACUACUUCACUGACUUUUCCUGCCUUAUUUUGAAUUCAGUGGUGUUGCCGUGCAUAACUCCAAGUUCUACAUUCAUCUUUGUAAUGAAAAUGUCAUUGCACUCACUUAUAUUAAUUUUGUUGAAUUUUAUGUUGCUUUCUGUUUUUGGUAUUUUGGUGAAAGCUUAUUUGCCAACAGAACAUUGGCUUUGGAGUUCUGCUUUGCCUGAGUGUGUCUAUGAAGGGGAUAUAAUGUAUUCUAUCAUGUUUUAAGGAGUAAUAUAAAUGUAUAAUAAAAGGAAAUACAGUGAUCUACUGUGUAAUUUAGUUCUUAGAGUUAACUAAAAACCAUGGAAAGUCUCAGCCUCCCAGUAAUAGUUAUUUACCUUUUACAUUUUGAAUGUAAUUAUUUUUGUGCAAAGAAUGUACAGGAAUUUAAAAGGUGUAUGAAGUUUUAUGAUUAUACAUUGUAUAAAUGUCCUUUUGAGAAAGUCUGUUUGGCUAUUUUUAAGUAGUAUUCAGAAAGUAUGUUCAGAAAAAUAAAUUCUCAAUGUUUUGGGGAUUGCAUUAUA